AUUGGACAUGUUGUGAACGUUUUCUUCGUUUUUUUUUGUUCUGGGAAAGAAACAGCAAUAUGAAUAAGUCACUGGUCAUCUUAAUCUUAACUGUUCUUCUCUCUAAAGGUGUGGAGAGUGUGAGCCUAACAGAUGAAGACUAUGAAAUGGCAGACAAACUCUUCACAAUGGGAGCUGAAGGGUUUUUGAAAUACUUGGAGAAUUUAAAGGCGGCAGGAGUGGUGGUUGUGGAAAGAAAUGGGAUCAACAAAACAGGCACUGAUAUGCAAGACUUGUGGAUUUCUGUGAAGGAGCUGAUCGAGAGGAUCAGUGCUCAGAAAAGAGUUAAAGGAAAUGAUGAUUUCAUUGUGGCGCUGCACAUUUUUCGACGACUGGGUGAUCUUUAUGGAGACGGUAUGUUUCGCCUGUGGAGAGCAUUACCUGAUGAGAUUCCUAGAGAAUUUGGCAUGUUUAAAGGGAUCAUCAAAAACGAGAAGGUGGUGGACCUCUGGAAAUAUGUGGAGUCACGCUACCUUCCAGGAGCUCCGCCGAUCUACAGCGAUCCCGUGGGGUUCCUCGGUCACCUUCUGUCCAAGAAGAUGGCACAGCCACGUGUGGUUGAAAUCCUAAAAGUUGCUUUGGAAGUUGGGAAGAUAGACAUCAAUCAACUUUUUGAUGAAGCACAAAUGGCCAUACAUCUGGUCAAAGAGAAGGCCAUGGAAAUUUUCACCUUAGAGAGGCAGACAGAGAAGGAUGAGUUUCUGAUAACAUUGAGAACUGCCUCUGGAGUUCUUGCAUUUUACUGGGAUAAACUUUUGGAAUACACUGAGAGCCAGCCAUUCCAUAACAAGUAUUUAGCUGCUGUACGGAAAUGGAAGGAGUUAAACAUUUUGAAAGACACUGAAAAAUAUCACAUGAUUACUAAACCAGAGACAGGACUUCAAGCUUGGACCUGGGCAGAUGAGCGUUUUGGUGAUCUUUUUGACAAUGCUGCCCUUGAAUAUGAUCGAUUUGGUAAUGGGAUUUUUGGAGAUGACAGAUUCAAUCAAUCCAAUUGGGCCAUUAUGAAGAUGGCGACAGUAUAUCCUCUUCCGAUUUAUGAAAGAUUGUCUGAAAGUGGCCUUGGAUUGUCUGAAGUCAAUGAUUUUUUUAUAGGCACUGAUGACACACUCACUGAAUUAGUAGGCGAGGACAUCUUGUACAAUUUGAAGGGUAUGCUUAAUGAAUUAUGGAAUAUUAUUAGUAAUGACAUUUUGCAUAUCUCCAUAAACAAGAAAAACCAAGUGACAUCAGAUGUGGAAAGUGAGGACCCAAUGCGACAUUUACGCAAAAUGAAAGCAACGUGCUUUGACAUCUGGGACAGAGUUCUCAUCGAGAUCAACAGAAAUAAUUAUAAUUAUGGACUUGAGCAAUCAGCAAGGCAAUGGGAUGAAGUGAAGAGCAUUUUCAUUAAAGAACUAACUGACAGUGAAGAAUUAACUCAACAGAAGCUUGAUGAAGCACAAAAAGUCUUUAAUAGUGUCACACAAAUUGUCUUCGACAAAUAUGUAAAAAUGGUCGAUGGGCUGGAGGAAAGGAUCAGUGCUUCCACUGAAACUCUUGGCAAAUUGAUGCUGAAGGCUUUUUCUGCCACAAAUACUGUCCUGGUUAAUACUCUGGGUUUUCUGCUGUCUGAUUAAUCUCUCACAAGCCAAGAAGUAAAUGCUUCUGCCAUCCCGUG